GUAACACAUGGCAUAGAACCUUUGCUUCCCCUUGACCUCGUCGAAGCCACAUUCAUGCUCCCUAACAUUUCGGCACUAAUAUCAACCUCGGAUCUUAUCAGUCUCUGCGCCCGCCAACUCUUAAAACAAGACGAGGACCUUACAGUUGCUCACAAACGACUCGUCAACAGUCACCUCACAUCUCUCAAAAACUUCAAGAAACACUUUGCUAGUACGAUCCACGACUACAACUUUCCUUCCAGCGCUUUAGUCCUCAUCCUCAAUAAGAAAGUCGAAGCCGCGUCAAACGCAAAGUGUAAACCGUGCUAUUUCAGUCCCAUGAUCGUUGUUUCACGAUCGCAGGGAGGUUCUUAUCGUCUUGCAGAAAUCGACGGUGAAGUCUCCAAGCUCAAGUUUGCCGCCUUUCGUCUCAUACCCUACCACCCUCGUUCCCCAACCUCUCUUGACGUCACUCAAUAUAUCAACAUUGAAAAUCUUGCUGGUACCACCAAAGACGAAAUCUAG